GUGAGGCCAAGACCAGUUUGGGCUAAGAGUGACUUCAAGGCCAGUCCAAGUAACUUAUCAAGACUUUUCUCAACAGAAUAAAUGAAUAAACAAGGACUGGGGAUAUAGCCUAGCGGUUGAGCACUUGCUUAGCAUGCAUGAGGCCCUAGACUUUCUCCUCAGCCACCCUUCUUCUGGCUCCCCCACCCACCACACAAUUCAGGUGAGAGAAGGAUCCACAACGUACCUACAGGUUGAGGGAGCUAUCUGGGGAAUGAAAGGCAGCUGUCAAUCAACAGGAAUGCCCUGUGCCUCUGGAACUGAUAGGAGACAGUGAGUCACACCCACCUGAGAGAUGAUGAAUAACACAUACCUGGGAGACACUGAAUACUGCACACCUGGGAGACACUGAAUACUGCACACCUGGGAGACCCUGAAUACCGCACACCUGGGAGACCCUGAAUACCGCACACCUGGGAGACCCUGAAUACUGCACACCUGGGAGACUCUGAAUACUGUACACCUGGGAGACCCUGAAUGCCGCAUACCUGGGAGACCCUGAAUACUGCACACCUGGGAGACCCUGAAUACUGCACACCUGGGAGACUCUGAAUACUGUACACCUGGGAGACCCUGAAUGCCGCACACCUGGGAGACCCUGAAUACUGCACACCUGGGAGACCCUGAAUACUGCACACCUGGAAGACCCUGAAUACUGCACACCUGGGAGACAGUGAAUACUGCACACCUGGGAGACACUGAAUACUGCACACCUGGGAGACACUGAAUACUGCACACCUGGGAGACACUGAAUACUGCACACCUGGGAGACACUGAAUACCGCACACCUGGGAGACCCUGAAUGCCGCACACCUGGGAGACCCUGAAUACUGCACACCUGGGAGACCCUGAAUACUGCACACCUGGGAGACUCUGAAUACUGCACACCUGGGAGACAGUGAAUACUACACACCAGAGAAUCAUCCAGAAUAGAAGGAGCUAGGCAUGCACAAUUUCCACCUUGUUUUCAAGGCCCUGGAAAAGCCUCUGAGGACACAGCUGAGGCAUUGCUAGUACUGGCUAGCAAGGACACACAGGAAAAGUUUGAUGGCUAGUUUUUGAUGGCCUCCAUCCUCAAGGCGAACCCCAGUUCCCAUCUCUUGCACCUUUGUUAAUGUGGUAACCACACCCUUACCCUUGAAAGCACCUCUACAUUAGUCUGUCUAAGUAAGUGGCUGCCACUUCCUGUUAGUUAAUAUUUAAAUUUCAUUAAUGGGGGAAACUAAGCUUCUUCCUGCCUCAUCCUCACAACUUCAGAUGCAAGUCAUCUCGUCCAGCUUGGCUGACCUUUAUUUUGUGUAAAAGAAAACAAAUGUGAAUUUCAUAAAGUUCAUUGAUGCAAGAAGAGAGUCAUGGGCUGGGUACCUGUUCCAUAUGUUUCAGACGUGGCAGGAAGGGAGGGGUUUACUUCUUGGGGAGAUGGAGGAAGGUGUGGUUGGUGUAUAGAUUGGGUGUGUCUUCCUUAGUCGACUUACCAGGUACUAAGAGAUGGAAACAAUCUUACUGUGUUGCCCUGAAGGUGAUUUGGAAGGUCUUGGUGCCCCUUUAAUACCAUAUAGUUUAUACUUUUCCUUCCUAAGCUUCCCAUGCUUGUUCAAAAUGCUCUCCAUGAGACUUAGCCAGAGAACAAAGUCUCUGCUGGCCUUUCUGAGACUUCCUGUGUCAAUGCAAUUAAUAUAAACUCUUUACCUUGGCCUCAGGCAGACUCUUCAGCCAAAUGCAAAAGCAGCCACGUUCUUCACCAAAAUACCACAAAACAGUCUCUACGUCACAUACUGAAAUUCUUCUCCGCUGGAACCUCUUGGGCCAGGUCUACACAGUUCAAAUUACGAUCAGCAUCAAAGUCUUUCACAUGCCUACUAGGUUAGCUCAUAAAAGCCCCAUUGAAGCAUUCCACCGGGGGUAACUCUAACCAAGUACGUGAAAAGUUCGUACAACAGGAAUAUCAAGAUGGCACUAAGAGAAGGAAGGCUCUCCCAUGCUGACACUAAGAGAAGGAAGGCUCUCCCAUGCUGACACUAAGAGAAGGAAGGCUCUCCCAUGCUGACACUAAGAGAAGGAAGGCUCUCCCAUGCUCAUGGAUUGGUAGAGAAGUGUGAAAAUGGCCGCCCUACUGAAAGCAAUCUACAGAUUCAAUACAAUCCCCACCAAAAUUCUAACACAAUUCUUCACAGAAAUCGGAAGGACAAUUUUUCGAUUCACAUAGGAAGGCCAAGCCCCCAGGAUAGCGGAAACAGUCCUGAGUGAUGAAAGGACUCUUGCAGGUAUCACCGUCCCUGAUUGUGAGUCGGACUCCAGGGCUCCAGUAAUCAAAAACAUAGUUGGCACAAAAACAGGAACAUUGAUAAAUGGAACUGAAAAACAAGAUGUAAGUCUCUAUACCUGUGGACUCUUAAUUUUUUUUUUUUAACAAAGAAGCCAAAAUUGGAGAAAAGAAAGCAACAAACGGCACUGCUCAAACAGGGCUGCUGUGCGGAAGAAGAAGAAGGGUCUGCUCACCACCCUGGACGAGGCUCCACGUAGAUCAAGGAUCGAGUGGAUACCCUGAAUCUGAUAGAAGGGAAGUGGGGAACAGGCUUGAGGUCAUUGGCACAGGAAAAGAUGUCUGAACAGGGCGCUGAGAACAACCGUUAACGUGACCUCACGAAACAGAAAGGGUUUGCAACGGCGAAGGAAUCCAUCAUGAGGGCAAAGUGACAGGCUAUGCAACGGGAAAAGUUCUUAACUGACUGCACAUCUAACACAGGGUUAGCAUCUGAAAGACAUAAAGAACGAAAACACCAGACAUCAUGGAAAAAAAUGACACAAUUUAAAAGUGGGGUCCAGACUGAGAAGAGCAUUUCCAAACGAUGAAACACAAACGGUUGGGAAACAUUCAAGGAUAUGGGGUUAUCUAACAAUGUAGAAUACGAAGCCCCAAGCAGGCCCUUUUCCAGUGAGAGUGAGAUCUCCAGUGACAGACUCCAUCUAGCUGAGUCAUCAGUCAAGAACCACCCAGAUAACUCAGGCUGUUACUAAGGCUUCUCUCCACAAACUGGCGGUUAAGUCCUGCUGUUGAAAACGGUAGGUACGUGUCUCAUCAAACACAGAAAGGUUGAGCUGGUGCAUAACUAGAGGCAUCACUCCUGACUAGAGCUCAUGGUUUGAGAAGGUACUCUGCGUGCUACAAGAAGACAACCGUCAACUCAGUUAUGAACCCUGCAACCUACACAGGUGACCUGCCUGCAAGACACGCUGCCUUAACAGUGGCACAAAUGUUCUGGGAGAAACCAACCCUGGUUUGUUGUUUGUUUUUCCCCCAACCACUCUUUCAUUAGAUUUAGAACCCACUCCAUUAUGUGGAACCCAUACCCGAUAUGUCUCUGGUAGCUAAGAAGCUGGGACUGGAUAGGCCGUGGACCAACGGGGAACCAAAUACUAUUGCUCUGCUAAAGGAACAGAGGAACAGCAUGACUUCUAAUAACCUUCUGCCGUUAGUUCCCAUCUACUGCAAGAAGUUUCUGUGAUGCUGGUUGAGUGAGGCGCAAAGACUCACAACCGGACAACGCGCAGGGUAAAACCGGUCUUCGGGUUUGAAAUCCCACCACAUCCCUGAGCACAAAAUCCCACCGAUCCCUAGACUGAAAUCUCAUUCUAGAAAUCUUCACCCUUGAAAUCUCCACCCUAGAAAACUCCUCCCCCAAGAAACCCUAGGCAAGCUUGUCUCCUGCUCAGUUCCCUGCUGCUCCUCACUGGAGCAGAGGCAGCCACCCUCUCUCGUCUCUCCCUGUGACACAAUCUCCGUGUGACGUUUGCUGUGUGAUACGACUUCGUGUACUCCUUGGCUCAUGACUGACAGGAUAUCUUUUCCUUCAGAGCUGUGACACCUCUACUGGGGAGGCCUUUUCCCUCAGAGCUGUAACAUCGACAGACAAUCUGCAGAGAGUGAGAAGCUUUGGAGUCUAAGUGGGGCAUUUUCAUCAGUUCCCUUAGGGAUCUAUGUGGAAGAGGAGGUGGAAAGACCAUAAGAACCAUAAGAACCAGAGGUGGUGACUGACUCUAGGGAAGCUCAGCCAGACACAGCAGGGCUGCUGCACAUGCGAAUGCACCAAGGCUGGCAGCACACACAGUUCAAGUCAAGUGGGAUCCCAGUGCUGAGAGAGGAAAAUGGAGAGGUUCCCACCCCAACCAAGAAGGUAUCUACAGUUAAUACCUUCAGGUAAAGGAUAUUUACACAUGUCAGGGUAGACCCCACAGGGAGUAGAGGACCAGCAGAAAAUGAACUCAAUAUUUUUUAUAGAUACUUUGUCUCAAGUUGCUUUAUUGGUGGGCUUUUAAAAAAUCGUCUUAUGGGUCAUUUAUUUGUGUAUUUUGGUUUCUGGUGUGUGUGUGUGUGUGUGUGUGUGUGUCUGUCUGUCUGUCUGUCUAUGUUUGACAUUUGUUUCUAGCUUUGUGUUAGCUUGUUUUUAAAGAGAAAAAAAGGCGUGGAAUUGGGGAGGUGGAGAGGUGGGGACAAUCUGGGAGGUGUUGGGUAAUGGGAAAAGCAUGAUCUAAAUGUAUUGUAUAAAACAUUUUUCAAUGGAAAAAAAAGAAAAUUUAAAACAUCUAAGGAAAAGUAAGAAAAAUGAUAACUUAUCGAUUAAUUAAUAAGAGUUUCAGAUACUACAUCUAAAUUAAGAGGAGAUUGAAAAUAGUAAAUUAAUAAAAACAUUUAGAGGUUAUGUCACAAUUAAAGAUAAAUGUUAAAGAGUGGAGCUUCACCAAACUCUCCCCUCUCGUCUGUCUCUGGCCUUAAACCAUCUUUUAUUUUCAAGUAAAUAAAAUUCUGUACCAAAGGAAACAGUUACCAUGACUUGCUUUAGACCAAAGCAUAAGAGGCAAAGAAAUCCCACACUACAUUUAAAAUUCUCACCCAUGAAAAUGCCCACCUGCUGGUUAACUUUAAAUAGGAAAAGAGCAUGAUCUACUGACCUAAUUCUGUGGAUCAAGCUUUGCUCUUUCUUAAUUAAACUUUCCUUACAUCUUGAAGGACUAGAGACAUAAAAUGUUUACUCUGGUUUAUUAUUUUUGUCUGGGUACACCUUGAUCUAUUUUAUUUGUUUGAUGUCUUUUCCUAAUAAUUGUUUUUAUGUAAUUGUAUUAUUAUUUUUUUUUUUUGAGAAGAUCUCUCUUUGUACUCCUGGCUGUCCUGGAACUCACGAUGUAAAUGAGGCUGGUCUCAAAUGCGUAUAGAUCCACCUGCUUCUGGUUCCUGAGUGCUAGGAUUAAAGGCACGCACCACUACAUCUGGCUGUUACAUGUAAUCUUUUUUCUAAUAAGAAAAAAUGGGAAAAGAGAAAACUGAAUAACAAAACCUGUGGUCACUUCAUUUUUACUUUAUUUACUUAUUUAAAAUGGAAAUAUGUAUUUCGCAUGUGCAUGUGGUAUACGUGUGCCUGUGGAGUGGAUGCCAUGGUUUUUCUUGAUAGCUUUUCACCGUAUUGAGUGAAGGAGGGCCUCUCAUUUGAAUUCAGAGCUUGUUGACUUAGCUAUUCUUGUGAACCAACUCUCUGCUUCCUGAGUGCUGGGACCUCUAGACCCCACCAGCAUAUGUGUGAAUGCUGGAGACCUGGUCCUCCUGCUUAUGCAGCAAGCACUCUAUCUUGUGCCACCUCUCAAGCCUCAUUACACGUUAAAGAAAACCAACUUGUGGUGACAGACACAUGGGUGUCUGAGACACUGAACACGAGCCGUUGACAUAGGCACUGCCUUAAAAAGAUCACUUAGGUCACCCGUGCAAGGAUUGGGUGCAGAGAAGCAGGGAGCUGGAAGUACAGGAUGGAAAGUUGCAAAGCACUGUUCUCUGGAUGGGAUAAAACCUGCGAUCACUAACUCAACCAUUGCGGUCACCUGCACGGGGUCCACAUAAGAUUGGUUCUGUCGACAAUCAGUCAAGGAAGGGGAAGGAACUCAUGGGAUCCCACCCACGACCUCUGAAGUCUGCCAUAGGUUCAUGCUGCUUUCAGUCUGGUCACAGAAGCUGGCUUUUAUUUUUCCAUGGGUAGCGUUGGCUAGUGAGAAAUUCAUGACGAAGAAUAAAUGACUGUUGUGUGCUUAGCCUUAAAGAGGUCACUUGAGUCCCUUGCCCACCCCAAGCAUGAGGCUCAAGGAACAUUUUCAGAAGAGGAGUACAGAAAGAAUGUAGGCGCUAGAUUGUGGGGAAGAGUGUGCAAAUGCUCUCUUCUGAGCGUGACAUGGCUCUUGCCCUCAUGAAGUCAUAGCUAUGGUCACGUAUGUAGGAUUAAGUAUGGAUGGGGGAGGGGUGUAUGAAGGCCCACCACCCGGCUGAGAAGCUAUUGGUAGUAGGACUGGUGAGGAAGGAGGGAGGCCAUUUUUCUUUCGUGGCUGUUGCUGGUUUGCUCGUGGUCCAGUGAAUAACCUAUACCCCUGUGUACGUGGGUUGUACUAAUGGAACUUAGUGUACUUAAAAGAGGACUGUGAAGGUAGGAGAGAGAUAUAUUGAAGGGUGUCUUGAGGGAGCAAGAGGACAGAGUUUGGAAUGAAUAUGAUCAAGAUACAGUGUGUGUGUGUGUGUGUGUGUGUGUGUGUGUGUGUACAUAAAAUUGUCAAAGAAUUUAAAAAUUAUGGAAAAAACCUGAAAUUUUAUUUCUUAAAUAAUAAUAGAGAAAUGUGUUGUGUUGAUCUAACAUAUCCAAUAUAUGUAAAACCCUUUAAUUUAGAUGAAUUACUCUAGUUUUCUUUUCCGGGAAUAUUCUUUUUUUGCUGUUGUUUUUAAAGUAUUUUACUGCAUUAUUAAUUAGUCAAUGUGUGUGUGCGCACAUGCCUGUGCAUGUAUACACAUGUGUCCCUGCAGACUCACACGCUCAGGAAAAAUAAGGAAAACUCUUCAAUAAUCAUGUGUGACUGGUUCUGGCUAACGCACAGAAGAGCUAGUACUGAACAAACCCCUGUCUCGGCUUACAUAAUUUCAUAGCUCCAUGUUGCAUUUGAGCAAUUAAACAUGAUUCAGAGAGGUGGAAUUCCAAGAUUUGCUUGUUUGGAGAAAUAGGGAGAUUUACAAUGUAAAAUAUUGUCACAGCUCUCCUGGUUUUACCAGUCAGCUGCUAGCCCUGGGCCAUCCUGUCUGCCUGACAGAAUUAAGCUCCUUCCUGAUAAGAGAGCUUGGAGUGCUUCCUUUAGCUAAAUUCCUCCUCCUCUGACUUAAUAUUUCCCGAGCACAUUUAGCAGACCUUUUAUAACAUCGAUGUAACAAUUCUCACCUUCUCUCUCAUGGCCACGCGUGUCUGUGACCGCACGCAGGGCACAGCAACAAAGACGAGGGUCUCACUGGAACUGGCUAAAAUGGUGAGCUCCAGUUCAGAGAGAGACCCCGUCUCAAAACACCAGGUUUUUAUUUUAUUCAAAUAGGGGAAGUGAGUCAAAUACAGGAAGGGGAGGUCAUGAACAGGAAGGCUUGUUAGGAAGGCCGUCGGCGUAAACAAAUGUUUGUGACAUCUCUCUUAAGAAGUUGCUGGUGGCUGGCUCCUGAAAGUCAUCACUCUUAGCCCCCAACCUGUCUGAAAGCAUUGUCUCACUGUACACAGACAAGUCUGUCCAUUCACUCUGGGCCGCAACUGGUUCUCAAGAUUUCAGGUUCCUCUCCAAGACAUCUGGGUUCCAUCUCUUGGCUUAUGUCUGUAGGUGUAACAGCCCCGUCUGGUUCCCCACUGUCCUGGGAAGGAACUCUGUUUAUCUGUGUGAGAUAGAGUUUUCUUGUCUCUUGGACCUGGUUCCCUAUGCUUCUUUCUUAAUUAGAAAAGGGGGUUGGCUGGAGGUCUGAUGGUGCUAAGUGUCAUGGUGGUGGUAGAGGGUGUCACUGGGCAGAAGUGUCAGGGUGCUGGAGAGUCAAAUGGCAGUUCCUACUUUCCACUUCCUGACUUUCAGCCAGUUAUAUUGAUCUUGACUGAUGGCCUUCUUCAUGUCCUGGUACACACAUAUUGAGUGUUGUGCCUUGGGCUGGCUGAUCAUGUGCCUGCCUUCCUCCCAGGGAAGGACAAAGAAAACGUGAGGCCAAAGCUUUCCUUUGGAAGGGUGAGAUGCCAGAGCUGGCCGCUGGCCGGUGGACUCUGCGCUGGACCACCCUUUCUUGAUGCUUCUCUUUUCUUCCCUAAUUCCCUCCUCUCCCCCUUUACUACAUCUCCUUGGCCAAUGGUUUUUGGCACCUGGAGAUAAACAAAGACAGAAAGAUAGUGUCCUGGUCCUUUACAAUCUGAUGCUAUGUGGGGACGUUGGCAUUUCCCCUGAUACCCUGCUCUCUGCUGGUGCCUCGCAAGGUCAUAUACUGACUCCAUAACUUGGAUAUUAUGAACCACUCAUGGUCCAUACUUUCUUUCCCUUUCACUUCAUGGUUCUUUUUUUGUUUGUUUUCACUCUUCUCUCAUAUAUUACACCCUGACCUCAGUUUCCCCUCCCUCCUCUCCUCCCAGUUCCUCCAUACCACCUCUCCUCUCCCUGGUCUACUCCUCCUUUCUGUUCAAAAAAGUGCAGGCCUCCCAGGAAUAUGAACCAAAUAUGGUUCUUUUAAAGGUGAAUGCGAAUAUCUUACUCCUCGUUACCUCCCUAGACUUCCUUCUGCCUGCAGGAUGAGAAUCAAAGUCUCUCAAAACUCCCAGGGCCUGUGACCUGCUCACUCGCAGCCUCUUCCCAGUCCCGCUCAUCUCUUGCCAAUCCCACCUCUCACUCUGUUGUGUUAACUCUUUAUAGUGUGCCAGAGAAGCAAGGCCUCCAGUGAGAGGGCACUUCACGAAAUGAGGGGAACCUCUAAUAAGAGUAGCUUGUGCCCAAAGAGGAGCUGGUCCUGCAUGGAAAUUAUUUGAGGCUUAUGUAGGUCUUGAGUUAUAGUACUUCACAUAUGAUGUCACCUGAGUGUCUCUUUACAGUUCCAGCCCUGAGUUGCGUUCUGAGCAAUUAAACAUUUUAGGGAAGCUGUAAGCUUAGCCAUUUUCGAUUGAUGAGAUGCCGUCAGUGUUCUCAAUAAAGCAGGCUGAAAGGGGAAGCUUUAUACCGUAAAGGUACUGUCGCAAAUGCCAGCUACUUAGCACCCCGGCUCUGCUGGCAGCCAUUAUCCAAGGAUGUUCUGGUGGUCUGACACAGUCAGUGCUAACCCUGCCCCCCUUCGGGUGCCUGAUGGAGACAUGUUCUUGAUAGCAGAAAGGGCCUAACGGCCAGCCAUGGGCCUGGGUUAUCUUCUACAAUGGGGCCCAAUGAACGAAAAUCCCAAUGAACACACCCAUUGCUUCUGCAAUUCAGUUUUUAGUCUUCUGCCUUUAAGACUCAGCUCAAGUGCUGCCCCCUCCAGGAAGCCAACCGGGGUCCCCUCAGUCUGGGUAAUAUUUCUAAUGGUCUCUGCACCUCUUUUUGCACACGGCCCACUUUAAUGUUUGCACUGAUUGCUGGGUCGUGUUUUCUCUUAUACCUAGCAAAAGGCUCAGAUUAUCCCCCUCAAUUAUGUUUGUUGAGUGACUAAUCCACUGAAUGAAUGAAUGAGUGAGUGAAUGAAUGCAUGCCAGUCUGUACUCCUCAUAUGGAUCACAUGUUUAAUUCUUAGUCUACUCAGACUAAGUCUAAGCCAGAAAUGGAGGGCUCCCACUAGUGUCCUGUAGAAUGGCAUCUGUUCUCUCUCCUCCUGAGGCUGACUCACACUUCAGGGUCAAGGGGAAACUUCUGCCUGUACAAAAGACUGAGGGGGGUGAGACAGUCAGGGGAUUUGCAUCUAUCCAGGCAAGAAUUGGGGAACCAGAAAAAUAUGUCAUGAAGUCAUUUCGAGUAGAGCAACUCUCCGUGGAAGAGUGUGGGCUGCCUUAGUCCUGUCUCAAGCCAUUUCAUCUCGAUUUGCUCCCCCCACCUCUGAGUCAUGCUGACAACUUCCCUCCUGGUCUCUGACCUCCUGACCACCUUUCUUCUCAUUUGCUCCUUCGGUGACUUGGCAGACGUUUCCAAGUUGCUAACUGCUCAAAGCCUGCUCCUGUUCUCCAGUCAUGAGCUGUACCUGGACAGCCUUUCUUCUGCUGAAGGUGUUUGCUUCUUGUCUCGGCUUCAACUUGGAUGCGGAGAAGCCGACACGUUUCCACAUGGACGGCGCUGAGUUCGGACACAGUGUGGUCCAGUAUGGUGGCUCCUGUGCCCCCAGAGGCUGUGAACAUGUCCCUGGGUCUGUCCCUCACUGCCACCAACCCUUCCUGGCUGUUGGCUUGUGGUCCUACUGUGCAUCACAUAUGCAGAGAGAAUACAUACUUGACAGGGCUCUGCUUUCUACUGGACUCAUCGUUCAGGCAGAACCAGAACUUCCCAGCUGCACAGCAGGGGUGUCCAAGGCAAGACCAGGACAUUGUGUUCUUGAUUGAUGGCUCGGGUAGCAUCACUUACACAGAUUUUGAAAAAAUGCUGGCCUUUGUUAAAGCUGUGAUGAGCCAACUUCAGCAAUCUAGCACACGGUUCUCCCUGAUGCAGUUCUCCCAUACCUUCCGGACACAUUUUACUUUCAACGACUUUAUCUCCACGUCAAGCCCUUUAAGGCUGUUAGAUUUUGUUAAUCAGCUGAGAGGGUCCACAAGAACAGCCUCGGCUAUCAAGCAUGUCAUAACAGAGCUGUUCACCACUCAAAAAGGAGCUCGGAAAGAUGCCACGAAGAUCCUCAUUGUCAUCACUGAUGGGAGGAAAGAAGGGGACAGGUUGGACUAUGGUGAUGUCAUCCCCAUGGCGGAGGCUGCAGGCAUCAUCCGUUAUGCAAUUGGGGUAGGACAGGCCUUUUACCAAGCACAGUCCAGGCAAGAAUUAAAGGACAUUGCGUCGUCGCCUUCCCGUGAAUACGUGUUCAGCGUGGAGAACUUUGAUGCUUUGAAGGACAUUCAGAAUCAGCUGAAGGAGAAGAUCUUUGCCAUCGAGGGUACAGAGACGCCAAGCAGCAGUUCUUUUGAAUUGGAGAUGUCCCAGGAGGGAUUCAGUGCUGUGUUCACACCUGAUGGACCCGUUCUGGGGGCCGUGGGAAGUUUCGGCUGGUCAGGAGGCGCCUUCUUAUAUCCCCCAAAUACGAGACCCACCUUUAUCAACAUGUCUCAAGAGAAUGUAGACAUGAGAGACUCCUACCUGGGUUACUCCACCGCAGUGGCCUUUUGGAAAGGGGUUCACAGCCUGAUCCUGGGGGCCCCGCGUCACCAGCACACGGGGAAGGUUGUCAUCUUUACCCAGGAAGCCAGGCAUUGGAGGCCCAAGUCUGAAGUCAGAGGGACACAGAUCGGCUCCUACUUCGGGGCCUCUCUCUGUUCUGUGGACAUGGAUAGAGAUGACAGCACUGACCUGGUCCUGAUCGGAGCCCCCCAUUACUAUGAGCAGACCCGAGGGGGGCAGGUCUCAGUGUGCCCCGUGCCCGGUGUGGGGAGCAGGUGGCAGUGUGAGGCCACCCUCCACGGGGAGCAGGGCCAUCCUUGGGGCCGCUUUGGGGCGGCUCUGACAGUGCUGGGGGACGUGAAUGGGGACGAUCUGGCAGAUGUGGCUAUUGGUGCUCCUGGAGAGGAGGAGAGCAGAGGUGCUGUCUACAUAUUUCAUGGAGCCUCGAGACUGGAGAUCUCGCCCUCGCCCAGCCAGAGGAUUUCAGCAUCCCGGAUCUUCCCCAGGCUCCAGUAUUUUGGACAGUCACUGAGUGGAGGUCAGGACCUCACCGGGGAUGGACUGGUGGACCUGGCCGUGGGGUCCAAGGGACACUUGCUGCUGCUAAGGACCAGACCGAUCCUUCGAAUGUCAUCAACCAUACAGUUCACACCUACAGAGAUUUCCAGGUCUGUGUUUGAGUGUCAGGGACAGGUGACCCGUGAGCAGACACUGGGAACUGCCACUGUCUGCCUUCGUACUUAUGAAAGCUCCAAGACCCAACGAGGUGACCUCCAAAGUAUUGUCACCUUCGACCUGGCCCUAGAUCCUGGCCGCCUGAGUCCCCGGGCCAUCUUCAAGGAGACAAAGACACAGGCGCUGACUAAAGUUAGAACCCUCGGUCUGAGCAGUCACUGUGAACCUGUGACGCUGCUCCUCCCGGCCUGUGUGGAGGACUCAGUGACUCCUAUCACUUUGCGUCUCAACUUCUCUCUUGUUGGAGUGCCCAUCCCUUCCUUACAAAACCUCCAACCCAUGCUGGCUGUAGAUGAGCAAACAUACUUCACGGCCUCUCUUCCCUUUGAGAAGAAUUGCGGAGCUGACCACAUCUGUCAGGAUGACCUUGGCAUCAUAUUUGGCUUCCCAGACCUGAAGACCCUGGUGGUAGGAAGUAACCUGGAGCUGAGUGUAGCUGUGACAGUGACUAACGAUGGGGAAGAUUCCUAUGGAACCACAAUCACUCUGUUCUACCCAGUCGGUCUGUCCUUCAGACGAGUCGCAGAAGCCCAAGUGUUCCUUCGGACGGAAGAUACCCAGCAGUGGCAGCAGCAGGGCCGGCACUCCCUGCACCUCAUGUGUGACAGCACCCCAGACAGGAGUCAGGGCAUCUGGAGCACCAGCUGCAGCAGCCGACACGUCAUUUUCCGGGGAGGCUCACAGAUGACUUUCUUGGUAACUUUUGAUGUCUCCCCCAAAGCUGAGCUGGGAGACAGGCUGCUGCUAAGAGCCAGAGUGAGCAGUGAGAACGGCGUACCUGAGACCAGGAAAACCACCUUCCAGUUGGAGCUCCCAGUAAAGUAUGCUGUGUACACUGUCAUCAGCAGCCACGACCAAUUUACCAAGUAUCUUAACUUCUCAGCCUCAGAAAAGUCGAGGGUCAGUGUGGUGGAACAUAGAUUCCAGGUGAAUAAUCUGGGGCAGAGAGACUUGCCAGUCAGCAUCAACUUUCGGGUGCCCACAGAGCUGAAGGGAGAAACGGUGUGGACAGUGAUGGUCUCCCACCCUCAGAACCCGUCCACCCAAUGCUAUCAGAAUAGACUCAAGCCAACACAAUUUGACCUCCUGACUCACAUGCAGAAGAGUCCCGUGCUGGACUGCUCCAUUGCUGACUGCCUGCACUUCCGCUGUGACAUCCCCUCCUUGGGCAUCCAGGACGAACUUGACUUCAUUCUGAAGGGCAACCUCAGCUUCGGCUGGAUCAGUCAGACAUUGCAGAAAAAGGUGUUGCUCGUGAGUGAGGCUGAAAUCUCUUUCGACACAUCUGUGUACUCCCAGCUGCCAGGACAGGAGGCAUUUCUGAGAGCCCAGGCAAAGACAACGCUGGAGAUGUAUGAAGUUCACAACCCCGUCCCUCUCAUCGUGGGCAGCUCAGUGGGAGGUCUGCUGCUGCUAGCUCUCAUCACAGCCGUACUUUACAAGGCUGGUUUCUUCAAACGUCAGUACAAAGAAAUGUUGGCGGAAGCAAAUGGCCAGUUUGCCUCUGGAAACGGGAACCCAAACCCCCAGGUUACCCAGCAAGAACUUCCCUCUCCAUCUUCUUUGAACCUGCCCUCCUGAGAGGUGUCCCAGGACUUGUACUUUCUCUAAGUCAGCCCUAACAGCAAAGAAGCGUUGCAGCAGGAAUGCUGGGACCGGGCCGACUUUGCUCUUUGUGUCUUACCUGGGAAGGGUCACUGUCUGGUCAAAACUUUACCUGGAAACUCAGAGCACAGAGUCUCUGCUAUGGCCAAAGAACUUCUGUAGGAAUUUCUACCUCGGGAUACAUAGGCAGCUCAGUGGCCCCUUGCCUUGCUGGCCACUAAUGAGCUUUCUGGGAUGGAAGUAGCCAUCAUUGUUGUCUAUUUCCAGUGCCUCCCGUCUGCUUUCAGGAUGUCAGAACUGAGUUCUAUCUCAAGGAGGCGAGCGCAGGCACCCUGGGAUGCCCUGUGAGUCUAUGUUAUCCUCGUUUCUAGUGAAGUGUUAACACCAGGUUGUAGCUUUUCUUGGAAACACCUAAUCCCAGCUCCCUCAAACUGAAUUAGCAAGGAAACAUCUGGGCAAUGUAGUUGAUGGGAUUGGAUUUUAGCCACAGUGUUGCUAGCUGGGAAGAACCAUCCUGUUGUCGUAGGAGGGACACUGCUCUAGAACAGUUCUAGGUCAGAGAAGGCCUAUGCCACUUUGCCCCAUGACCCUUUUUGGGAAGACGUAAACAAACAUCUGUUUGCCCAUGAUAGACCAAAGAAACUAUUCCACCCAAGGCUUAUCUAGAAAGCAAAUGAGGGAGCUUGCAGCUCAGUUCCAGCUUGGUUCCCCAUGUUUUACAGCCUUCGUGUGGUAUCUUCAGCAGUAGAAACUUCCCAUUCAGCUCUAACAUGCAACUAAGGCAGUAGAAAUAGAUUUUAUGCCUUUGGGGCAGCAGGGAGCUCCUUGACUAGUAACUCAUAAGGAAGUAAACCAUUUUACGGAUCCCUGGAGUGUCUUUUCCAAUAAAUGUAGUGUGUCUUCAUUCAAACUCUUUAA